AUGGCGCACUACACAGUGGCCUUCCAGGGCGAGAGGGGCGCAUACAGCGAGCAAGCUGUUUACGAGCUCCUGGGGAGAACGGGAGUGCAAUGCGUUGGUUAUCAAUCCUUCGAUGACGCGUUUGCCGCUGUCAGCUCUGGAAGCACGAACCUCCUCAUGGUACCCAUUGAGAACACACUCGGGGGCACCAUCCAUGCUAAUUGCGACCUGCAGCUUCAACACAACUUAUUCAUUAUCGCCGAGCACAGUUUGCGUGUCCGGCACACACUGAUGGCCCUGCCCGGCACAAAGAAGGAGAGCUUGACAAAGGCGAUAAGCCAUCCGCAAGCCCUGGCGCAGUGCAGUUCCUACUUGAAGAAGCAAGGUAUCCCCGCGGAAGCGGCGUAUGACACAGCUGGCAGCGCAAAGCUUAUCGCUGAAGGCAAAAUGAAGGGCGUGGCGUCAAUCUGCAGCGAAUUAGCAGCAGAGCACUACGGGCUUGAGAUCCUGGAAAAGGGAAUUGAGGACGAUGACAACAACUUCACUCGAUUUCUACUGCUGAGAUCAGAUCCUGUGACUGUGCCUCCGGGCAUAAAGUGCAAGACCUCCGUCGUCUUCUCCUUGGACAACAUGGCAGGCGCCUUGUUCAAGGCCUUAUCGGUGUUCGCCUUGCGAGACAUCGACCUUACGAAGAUCGAGAGCCGGCCCUGCAAGCCGGACAUCAUGUCUAACCUCGAGCGCAUGUACCUGAGCAUGCGCGCGGCCCCCGCCGCGAAGCGGGCAAAGACGGAGACCUCGGCAUCCGAGGCCCGCUUCCGCUAUCUCUUCUACGUGGACUUCCUUGCAUCUGUGGAUGAGCACAAUGUCACCAACGCGCUGCGGCAUUUACAAGAGAUGACCGUGUACUUCAGAGUGCUCGGCUCCUUCCCACAAGGAGGAGCCUUGGUGGGCCUGAAGCAUUUGGAAGACCGCAUGGUGCCGAUUUUCCGCCCAGCCUCCGAGCCAAAGAAACGCAUCGGUGUCUUGGGCUUCGGCACCUUCGGCCAAUUCAUAGGAAAGAAGCUAGCGCUGGACCACUUUGUCUUUGCGACCAGUCGGGACAACUACUCCGAAGUUGCUGCGAACUGCGGUGUGACUUGGUGUGAUUCUAUCGAUGUCCUCCUGGAGCAGCAGCUCGACGUGCUGAUCAUUUCCGUCAGCAUCCUCAGCUUCGAGGGCAUGGUGCGGCGGAUUUGCAGCUGCCUCGCCUCCAAAGAUGCGACUCACCCGUCUCGCCGGAUGCUGGUGGUGGACGUGCUCUCUGUGAAGGUGCAUGCAAAGACAACCCUGACUGCCCUCCUUCCAGAGACCUGCGAUGUAUUGUGCACGCAUCCCAUGUUCGGCCCACAGAGUGGCAAGCAUGGCUGGACCGGACUGCCCUUCGUCUUUGAGCGGGUGAGACUCAACAACGCGAGGAGAUGCGAGGAGUUCCUAAAGUGGUGGUCAAACCAAGGAUGCCGAAUGGUGGACAUGACCUGCGAGCUGCAUGACGAGGUGGCAGCAGGGAGCCAGUUCGUCACGCAUUUCACGGGCCGGGUGCUGGAGCGGCUGGCUUUGACCAACACGCCCAUCAACACGAAGGGCUUCGAGUCGCUGCUCCAGCUGGUGGAGAACACCACCAGGGACAGUUUUGACCUGUUCUACGCGCUCUUCAAGUUCAACCCGAACUCAUCGCAGCAGCUGAGUUCGCUGGAGCAGGCUGUGCAGGAGGUUUCGGAGCAGCUGCGCAAAUGCGACAAAUGA